GCCAAACCAAAGCAAAGAGAAGAGGGGGUAAAAGAGUUUGAGAACGAGAACACGAACGAGUGUAUCGUCGUGUUUCUUUUUCUUUGGUUAUUGUGUAAAUUAAUUACAAACGUGUUAAAAUUUACUUAAAGUUAGUGAUUUGUGUAUUUAUAGUUUGUAAGUGAUGGCAUCAGAUGAAGAAGUGGAGGAUUCUUUCGCCGGGGAGGAAGAUGCCCCCGACGAUACGGCUGAACAAAUAGAUAACGAUCCUGAUUCUGAAGAUGGUGUUCCUAAAGGAGGGGAAGAAGAUGAUGAUUAUGAACCAGAAGAUUCCAGAAAGAAAAAGAAGGGAAAGAAAAGAAAAGCCAGGGGAGAAGAAAAGAAAGGCAAGAAAAAGAAGAAAAAGCGAAAGAAUGAUAGUGGGGAUGAAAGUGACUUUGGAGAAGAUGAUAAUGGAGGUGGGGACUCAGAUUAUGCAAGCAGUAGUAAAAGAGGAAGGAAAAAGGGUUCUACUAAACACUCUUCUGCAUCAUCAACACCUACACCAGCUAGUGACUCUGGCGCAGGAGGCAUGCCGACCAUCGAGCAAGUUUGUUCAACAUUUGGUUUAACUGAUGUCGAGCUUGACUAUUCAGAUGCUGAUAUGCAAAACUUGACCACCUAUAAGUUGUUCCAACAGCAUGUGAGACCGCUCCUUGCUAAGGAAAAUCCAAAGGUUCCUAUGUCAAAGUUGAUGAUGUUGGUUGCUGCAAAAUGGCGCGAAUUUUCUAAUUCAAACCCCAAUCUGCAAAGCGAAAAUGAACCAUCUGCUGCAACUUCAACCACAUCUGAAGAAAGUUAUCCAAAAACUAAUCGUUCGAGAGCAUCCAAGGAAGCAGCACAAAAGAUAGUAGAGGCGGACUCUGAGCCAUAUGAUGACGAAUUUGAUGAUGAAGACGAGGAGGAAAAAGAAGAGAAGGGAAAGAAAAAAAAGAGUAAUAGAGGAAGGCCUAGUAAAAAGAAGGCUACUAAAGUACCAACUUUAAAGAUUAAACUAGGAAAGAGGAAGCGUGGAAGUUCUGAUGAAGAGGGCGAUCUUAGUGGAGGUGGUUCCGAUCGCGAUUCUGAUGCUGAGUUUGAGCAGAUGCUACAAGAAGCUGAAGAACCAAAAUCCAACAAAUCUACCACUGGUGAAGAAUCCGCACAGCCAUCAGAAUCACCUGCAGAUGAAAAUCCACCACCAAAACGCAAAGCGAAAACCAAAAUUGGUUGCAAGACAAAGAGAAAGAAGAAAACAAAGAGUGGUAAACCUGAAGAUGAAAAUUAUGAACAUCAAGAUUACUGCGAGGUAUGUCAACAAGGUGGAGAAAUUAUCCUCUGUGAUACUUGCCCUAGAGCUUACCACUUGGUUUGCCUGGAACCUGAAUUAGAAGAAGCCCCUGAAGGAAAGUGGAGUUGCCCUCAUUGUGAGAAUGAAGGUCCGGCUGAACAAGAUGAUGACGAACAUCAAGAAUUCUGCAGGGUUUGCAAAGAUGGUGGCGAACUUUUGUGUUGCGAUUCCUGUACAUCUGCGUACCACACGCACUGUCUUAACCCGCCACUUCCCGAAAUACCUGACGGCGAUUGGAAAUGUCCUAGGUGUGGUUGUCCGCCUCUUGUGGGCAAAGUUGCGAAAAUUCUUACGUGGAAAUGGGUUGAUGAUCCUCCUAAAAAGAAGGACAAUGGCGAAGAUGAGCCUCCUACACGACAUAGAGAGUACUUUGUUAAGUGGCAUGAGCUAUCAUAUUGGCAUUGUAGUUGGAUAACCGAGCUUCAAUUGGAUGUAUAUCAUCCUCUCAUGUUCCGAAGUUAUUCAAGAAAGUGGGACAUGGAAGAGCCUCCUAAACUUGAAGAACCUAUGGAUGAAGCUGACACUAGAUGUAGCAGAUUCCUGAAAAUGGGUGGAAACAACAACGACGAUGAACUCGAAGAGAAGUAUUACAGAUACGGAAUAAAACCAGAAUGGCUAAUAGUCCAUCGUGUCAUCAACCACCGUACGAUGCGAGACGGAAGAACUUUGUACUUAGUAAAAUGGCGAGAGCUAACUUACGAUCAAGCUACCUGGGAAGAAGAUUCUGACGAUAUCCCAGCCCUAAAGUCUGCCAUCGAAUAUUACACAGAUUCAAGAGCUGCUAAUUUAUCCGGAGCUGGAGGUAAGCUAAAGAAGAAAGUUGGAAGAAAGCCGAAAGCUAAAGAACUUAUCGAUGAUGACGAUAGAAACGGUCCUCGCAGAUAUACUCCACCGCCAGAUAAGCCCUGCAGUGAUCUGAAGAAGAAACUAGACAAACAACCCUCAUAUUUGGACGAGAGUGGAUUGCUUCACGAGUACCAACUAGAGGGUCUUAACUGGCUUCGUUAUUCGUGGGCCAACGGUAUAGACACUAUCUUAGCCGACGAGAUGGGUCUCGGUAAAACCAUUCAAACCAUUGUCUUCUUGUAUUCGCUCUACAAGGAAGGUCACUGCAAAGGUCCGUUUCUAAUUAGUGUCCCACUUUCAACGAUCAUCAAUUGGGAGAGAGAAUUCGAAAAUUGGGCACCUGAUUUUUAUUGUAUUACAUAUGUUGGUGACAAGGACUGCAGAGCCGUGAUUCGUGAGAACGAACUCAGUUUCGAAGAUGGUGCUGUCAGAGGAGGUCGAGCUUCGAGAAUCAGAGCCGGUUCCAUCAAGUUUAACGUUUUGUUGACCAGCUACGAAUUAAUUUCGAUCGAUUCGGCAUGUCUCGGUUCUAUCGAAUGGGCCGUUUUGGUAGUCGAUGAAGCUCAUAGAUUGAAAAGCAAUCAAUCAAAAUUCUUCAAAAUCUUAAACGCUUAUAAUAUAGCUUAUAAACUCCUCUUGACCGGAACACCGCUUCAAAACAACCUCGAAGAAUUGUUCCAUUUGUUGAACUUCCUCAACGGUCAGAAAUUCAACGAUCUCCAAAACUUCCAAGCCGAAUUCGCCGACAUUUCGAAAGAAGACCAAGUGAAGAAAUUGCACGAGAUGUUGGGACCUCAUAUGCUGCGUCGUCUCAAGGCCGAUGUGCUGAAGAGCAUGCCUUCGAAAUCUGAAUUUAUCGUCAGAGUCGAAUUAUCGCCCAUGCAGAAGAAAUAUUAUAAAUAUAUUUUGACGAGGAACUUUGAAGCUUUAAAUCCUAAAGGAGGCGGACAGUCGGUAUCUUUACUUAACAUUAUGAUGGAUCUCAAGAAAUGUUGCAACCAUCCCUAUCUUUUCCCAGCCGCCUCGGAAGAAGCUCCGCUGGGUCCCCAUGGUAAUUGGGAUGUAGGUCAUUUGAUUAAGGCUUCAGGAAAGUUGGUGCUAUUAGCGAAGAUGUUGAAGAUCCUUAGAGAACAGGGUCACAGAGUGUUGAUCUUCUCGCAAAUGACGAAGAUGUUGGAUAUAAUGGAAGAUUUUCUUGAAGGAGAAGGGUAUAAAUACGAACGUAUUGAUGGGGCUAUUACUGGUAAUCUCCGUCAAGAAGCUAUCGAUAGGUUUAACGCUCCAGGUGCUCCCCAGUUUGUUUUCCUUUUGUCCACUAAAGCUGGUGGUUUGGGCAUCAAUCUUGCUACAGCAGAUACUGUAAUCAUCUAUGAUUCCGAUUGGAAUCCCCACAAUGAUAUUCAGGCAUUCUCCAGAGCUCAUCGUAUCGGUCAAGCCAACAAGGUGAUGAUCUACCGUUUUGUAACACGUAACAGUGUGGAAGAACGUGUUACACAAGUAGCCAAGCGGAAAAUGAUGUUAACUCACUUGGUAGUCAGACCUGGAAUGGGCGGAAAAGGUGCCAACUUUACUAAGCAAGAGUUGGACGAUAUUCUCAGAUUCGGUACUGAAGAAUUGUUUAAAGAAAGUGAAGGCAAAGAAGACGAAGCCAUUCACUACGACGACAAAGCUGUGGGAGAAUUGCUGGAUCGUUCUAAAGAAGGCAUAGAACAGAAAGAGAGUUGGGCGAACGAAUAUCUCAGUUCAUUUAAAGUGGCUAGUUAUGUUACAAAAGAAGGGGAAGUUGAGGAAGAAGUUGACACUGAGAUUAUUAAACAAGAAGCGGAAAAUACCGAUCCGGCCUACUGGAUCAAGCUGCUUAGACAUCAUUAUGAGCAACAACAGGAAGAUAUAGCUAGGACGUUAGGAAAAGGCAAAAGAGUGAGGAAACAGGUUAAUUAUAAUGACGGAGGAAUGACAACUGACACACGAGAAGAUACGACAUGGCAAGAAAAUCUCUCUGAUUACCAUUCUGACUUUUCUGCGGGAUCGGAUGAGGAUAAGGAAGACGAUGAUUUCGAUGAGAAGAACGACGCCGAUUUAAGCAGAAGGAGUCGAAGAAAGAUGGAAAGGAAAGACGAGAAGGAUCGUCCUUUACCACCGUUACUAGCCAGAGUUGGCGGCAAUAUUGAAGUACUCGGUUUUAAUGCCAGGCAGCGUAAAGCGUUCCUUAAUGCUAUUAUGCGCUACGGAAUGCCACCACAAGACGCUUUCAAUUCACAGUGGCUGGUGAGAGAUCUUCGAGGAAAAUCUGAGAAGAUAUUCAAGGCUUACGUGUCUCUCUUUAUGAGGCAUCUUUGCGAACCUGGUGCAGAUAAUGCUGAUACGUUUGCGGACGGUGUGCCGAGGGAAGGACUGAGUAGGCAACAUGUUUUGACAAGGAUUGGUGUGAUGUCACUUAUAAGAAAGAAGGUUCAGGAGUUCGAACACAUCAACGGCGAGUAUAGCAUGCCGGAAGUAAUCAAAAAGAGCAUUAUGGAUCAAAAUAAAAUCAAUGCCGCCGGCACCGCCACCACAAGCGAAGCAGAAACGCCUAAAAGUGCUACUACCAGUACUAGUGCUACGCCAGCUACAAGUGCUGCUCCCAGUCCCGCUCCCACACAAGGAGAAGAUAAAGAUAAGGAUAAAGAUUCCGUUCAGAGUGACGAAAAUAAAGAUAAAGAAGUGGUUAAUAAAACGGAAACCGAAGAUGAAGAAAAGAAAACGGGAGAAUCUUCAACAGAAAAGCCGAAAACUGAACCGGAAGAAGUGAAAGAAGCUUCUCCGAAAACCGAAACUCCCGAAGCUAGUUCCGAAGCUGAUAAAUCUGAGAUCAAAUCCGAAGUCGAUACCUCGUCUGUAACCAGCGAGGAAAAGAAAGAAGAGAAAGAGGAAGAGGCCAAAAAGGAAGAACCCGAAGAGACCAAAAUGGAAAUACAGGAGGAGGAACUUGUUAAAGAGGAGAAAAAAGAAGAAGAGGAUGAUAAGAAGAAGGAGGAAGUUAAGAAAGAGGUGGAAAAGAAGGAAGAGGAUGACGUUAUGGUUAUUGAUGAUGAUAAAGAUAAGAAGGACAAAAAGGAAAUCGAUCUCGAAGCCAAGAAGCGUUUCAUGUUCAACAUUGCCGACGGAGGUUUCACCGAACUCCACACGCUGUGGCUGAAUGAAGAGAAGGCCGCGUCUCCUGGUAGGGAAUAUGAAAUUUGGCACCGACGCCACGACUAUUGGUUGUUAGCCGGCAUAGUAACGCACGGAUACGGUAGAUGGCAGGACAUUCAAGCCGACGCGCGGUUCGCAAUCAUCAACGAACCCUUCAAGAUGGAUGUUGGGAAAGGAAACUUCUUGGAAAUCAAGAAUAAGUUCUUGGCGAGGCGAUUCAAGCUUCUGGAACAAGCUUUAGUAAUCGAAGAACAACUUAGGCGCGCCGCCUAUCUGAACCUCACUCAAGAUCCUAAUCAUCCAGCGAUGUCUUUGAACGCCCGCUUCGCCGAGGUUGAAUGUCUGGCUGAGUCUCAUCAACAUCUCAGCAAAGAAUCGUUGGCUGGCAAUAAACCUGCUAACGCAGUAUUGCACAAGGUUCUUAACCAACUCGAAGAGUUGUUGUCUGACAUGAAAUCGGAUGUGUCAAGGUUGCCGGCUACACUGGCUAGGAUACCGCCUGUGGCACAGCGGUUGCAGAUGUCAGAGAGGAGUAUCUUGUCGCGAUUGGCUGCCACUUCAUCAUCAAAUACACAGUCCACAACACAAGUAAUGAGCCAGUUCCCGCCAGGAUUUAGCGCCGGCAGCCUUCCCGGAUUCACCGGCUCUACCGGAAACUUCUCCAACUUCAGGCCACAAUACUCAGUGCCGGGCCAGCCACCAGCGGGAUUCCCCUCAUAAUAUUAGUUAUCUAAGUGAUAUCACGAAAAUAGCUCAAAUCCCUUAAUCUAAUUUAUUACUUGUUUCACACAAAUAUUUAUUUUCGAGUUCAUCGGCCUGUGUCUAAAAGUUUGGUUCAUCUUCGUUGCUGAGACUUUGAUGUAGAACAUGUAGUAAUUUAAAACGACUCGAUCUGCGAUAGCGGCAAUAAAGUUUGUGUGUAGGUAAAGGGCUUUCUUAAAAAACACAAAAGUUAUUGAUGAUUCUUUUACUUUUUAAGCACAAGUUCUGUGUGUUUGUUUAUGAUUUACGCAACAGGACCAAAGUGUUCAUUCAAAAAGAUACGACUGUAACGAUGACUUUUCUAAACGAUUCAAAUAACAGUUUAAAAACACCGAAUUAGGGUAACUAUAUGGAAUACAUCAGAAUCUUAUAUUUUCCUUAGUUUGCUCAUACACUUUUAAAGUCUUUUUUAUUAUGUAUACGUUUUCAGUCCAUUCAAUAAAACCGGAUUUCUUAAA